GUUGCAUGGGCUCCUGGAUUUGGCGUAAAAGGUCCCCAAUAUAAGCAGAUGUGGGAUGUUGAUUUAGGUGUGACAUAUAUACCCUGGAAUAAAUUGCCAUCUGAUUUACAUCAAUUAGUAGAGGGUGGUGACAUAGACCCAGAAACCUUACCGGAACAUUUGAAAGAUAUGAAGUUUGGUACAAGUGAAGAUGAAGAUGUACAGAUUCAAGAAGAUAUGAGUAAAAUGAUGACACAGCCUAAUAUGGCUCAUAUGCCUUUCCCAGGGGGACAGGGUGGACCUGGUGAUCCUAGUCCCUCCCCUGGUCAAGUUCCUCGAGGUGGACCAGCACAAAUGCCUGCUGGAUUGCCUCCUCAGAUGCCAGGCAUGAUGCCUCCUAUGAUGCUGACAAUGCCAGGCCAAUUACCAGGGCAGUUACCACCUGGAUUGCCACCACAAGGUAUGCAGUUUCCACCCGGUGCAGGACCUAACCUUCAAUUACCACCAGGACAGAUGCAAGGAAUGCCUCCUGGCAGUAUGUUACCAGCUGGCUUACAGAUGCCUCCAAGUUCUCUUGGUGGACAACCUGUUCUCCCAGGUCAACCAGUUAGUCAGGGACAAGUUGGACUACUAAGCACAAGUCAAUUGCAAGGGAUGCAAUUUCGUCCACCAAUGACUUUAGUGUCCUCUUCUUCAUCUUUACCUGCUGUGCAAACAGUGUCUGCUCUCGGUGGACCUAGAUUUCAUCAUCAACCUGGUAGCUUAGAGAUUCCAACACAUCUUCCACCACCUCGAUUCCGAAUGAUGAUACCUGGGAAUC